UAAAAAGUUUAGAAAAGAUCUGCCGUGUCCGCCCCGGAGUUUAUCUUGUCUACGCCACGCCACGACCAACCCCAUCAUCAUUCGUAUCCCUCGACGAUGAUCAAUUAGUCUCCAAAUCCCUUUCCCAAACUCAUUCCACAUGGAUUUUCACAAUCAAUUCCAGUCUUAAUUGAUCUCAAUCGCCCGAUUAUCCUUAGGGUUUUGAUUCCCCUUUGUUUGUAACCUUAAUCCCCAAUUUCGGUUCGAAUUUGGUCCAAAUUCCGGAAUAUACCAAACCCAUGUCUUCUUUACGACCAACAAUAUGGGGAUUGGUUGUUUGCUCUUUAGCGUUAGGUUUCGCUGCGAAUUUGGGUCGGGCUUUGACGUUGCCGUUCAGGGCCAACGAUGUGCUUCCGGUUCUUCCACGACAGAUAUCGUGGCCGGUUCUUAAUAAUCUCCACACCGCUGUGGAUUUGUUGCCGUCUUAUGUUGGGUCAGUGACUCCCAGUAAUGGAACGAUCGAGUGGCAAGGAGCUUGUUUCUUCACUAACGAAGCUCGGAUUGAUUUUACUGAAGGCGAUAGAGGCUUGGGAGGUGGCCUUCUACGUCUCAAGACAUCUGCAGCACACAGCUGGACCUGUAUGGAUCUAUAUGUUUUUGCAACACCCUACAGGAUUACUUGGGAUUACUAUUUCUCUGCACGGGAGCACACAUUGAAGUUUGAAUCAUGGGAAGAACCUGCUGAGUUGGAAUAUGUUAAGCAACAUGGGAUUUCAGUUUUUCUUAUGCCGUCUGGGAUGUUAGGAACUCUACUCUCUUUGGUUGAUGUGUUACCUCUGUUUUCCAACACCAUAUGGGGCCAAAAUGCGAAUUUAGCUUUCCUUAAGAAGCACAUGGGUGCGACAUUUGAAAAACGAUCCCAGCCUUGGCAAGCAACUAUCAAUCCAGACGAUGUUCAUUCUGGUGAUUUCUUAGCAGUGUCCAAGUUACGGGGACGGUGGGGAGGGUUUGAGACAUUAGAAAAGUGGGUAACGGGUUCUUUUGCUGGUCAUACAGCAGUUUGCUUGAAGGAUGAACAGGGUAAUCUUUGGGUUGGUGAAUCAGGACACGAGAAUGAGAAGGGUGAAGAAAUAAUUGUGGUGAUUCCAUGGGAUGAAUGGUGGGAGUUGGCACUCAAGGACAACUCAAAUCCACAAAUAGCCUUGCUUCCUUUGCAUCCAGAGAUACGUGCAAAAUUCAACUCUACGGCAGCGUGGGAAUAUGCUCGAAGCAUGUCUGGAAAGCCAUAUGGUUAUCACAACAUGAUUUUUAGCUGGAUUGAUACUGUAACAGACAACUUUCCUCCUCCUCUUGAUGCUCACUUGGUUAUUUCUGUCAUGUCGAUGUGGACAAGGUUGCAGCCAGCAUAUGCUGCAAAUAUGUGGAAUGAGGCUCUGAACAAGCGGCUAGGAACUGAGGAUUUGGACUUGCACGACAUUCUAGUCGAGACUGAAAAGCGAGGAAUUCCUUUUGACGUACUGCUUACUAUUCCAGAACAAGAUGAAUGGGUCUACAGUGAUGGGAAAUCGACAACAUGUGUUGCCUUUAUCCUUGCAAUGUACAAGGAGGCUGGAAUAUUUGGUCCUGUAUCCAGCUCCAUUCAAGUAACAGAGUUCACUAUUCGGGAUGCAUAUAUGCUGAGGAUUUUCGAGGACAACCAUACACGCCUGCCCACUUGGUGCAACAAUGAAAGUGAUAAGCUUCCUUUCUGCCAGAUUCUUGGUGAGUAUAAAAUGGAACUGCCUCAGUACAAUACCUUAGAACCUUAUGCCAAUAUGAACGAAAAUUGCCCCUCCCUACCCCCAACCUACGAUCGACCCAUUCGAUGUUAAUUAAGCCUGCAUUCGGUCUACCUGUUCGAUGUUAAUUAAGCCUGCAUUCGGUCUACCUGUUGGCAAAGAUCUCUUAAAUUCUUCACGAUGACUUGUAAACCAUGUAUCAUGGCAAGUAGGUCUGAGAUCGUACGUCGAAACACCAAAAACCUGUUUAUCUGCAGCUACCUUUCCACGCGUGAUAUUCCACAUUUGUACAUAAAUUUAGAAGAAAUGUUAAUGUUAUGGUAUUUCAAAAACUGGGUUUACACUACUU